AACAAGAGUCCACAAGGCCUGGUGGGACUGAGGAACCUGGGAAACACCUGUUUCAUGAACUCCAUCCUCCAAUGUCUGAGUAACACUUCAGAGCUGAGAGAUUACUGCCUGAGAAACGUCCAUCGCUCGGACCUGAACAACAACUGCACCACAAACGCUGCUUUAAUGGAAGAGUUUGCAAAGCUGACUCAGAGUCUGUGGACGUCAGUGAGCAGCGAGGCCGUCAGUCCCUCGGACUUCAGGAGCCAGAUCCAGAGAUACGCUCCCAAAUUUGUGGGCUGCAAUCAGCAGGAUGCCCAGGAGUUUCUGCGGUUCUUAUUGGACGGCCUCCAUAACGAAGUGAACCGAGUGACGGUUCGCUCUAAAGUGUCCGACGAGGACUUUGACCAUCUCUCAGACGAUGAGAAAGGGAAGCGGAUGUGGAACAUGUAUUUGGAGAGAGAGGACAGCAAAGUAGUGGAUCUGUUUGUGGGUCAGCUGAAGAGCUCUGUGACCUGCAGCUCCUGUGGCUUCAGAUCCACCGUGUUCGACCCUUUCUGGGACUUAUCCAUACCUGUCGCUCAGAAGAGCUCUGGCGAGGUGACUCUCAGAGACUGUCUGAGGCUUUUUACCAAAGAAGACGUGUUGGACGGAGAAGAGAGACCGACGUGCAACAGAUGUAAAACCAGGAGGAAAUGCACCAAAAGAUUCAGCAUCCAGAAGUUUCCUCAGAUCCUCGUGCUUCAUCUGAAGCGUUUCUCUGACUCUAACCUGCGGACCAGUAAACUCUCCACGUACGUCAACUUCCCGCUCAAAGAGCUCGACCUGCGAGAGUUUUCCUCGGACGGCGGAGAGCGUCCUCUCUACAACCUGUAUGCAGUCUCCAACCAUUCAGGGAACGCUCUGGGCGGGCACUACACCGCCUACUGCAAGAGCCCAGCGCUGGGGGAGUGGUACAACUACAACGACUGCAGGGUGAGUCCGGUGUCCUCCAGUCAGGUGCGCAGCAGUAACGCCUACGUGCUUUUCUAUGAGAUGACCUCCACCUCCGUGACGCACAGCAAAUACCAGACGUGUCGACUUUAGACUCUUUAACCUGCAUAAAAAACACACACACACACACACACACACACACACACACACACACACACUGCCUGAAGAGAGGCAGCGCCCCCUGCUGGAGGGAGUCCUGCCACGACAGACUUUGGAUAUAAAACACAGAGACAUGAUGAGAUCACUUUCCUCUCGGUGUGUUUUUGGAGGAUGUUUCUGCACAUGUGAUCUUCAGGAUGUCAAGAUGAACUCGUAAGUUGGACGGACGCUUGGAAAAUAUUACCUACGUGUAAAAUUCAGCUCAAGGCACGGCUUAAAAUGCACUCCAAAAAAUCAGUUUUACUGCUGUGCCUCGAUCUGAAUCCACUCACACCAGGGGAUUUAUUUCCAUCCACCUUGACGACAUUGAACUUUGACGACAUUGAACAUCUAAUUUAUUGUAUUUAACGUGUAGUAACUGAGAGUGUAAACUGUAUAUUUUAUUGAGCGAAGCCUUGUGGUUUUGGACAGAUAUUAUUUUUGUACAGUAUUUAUGUACGGCGCAGUGAAUGUACCUGAUUGUGGUGGAAAGCCCAAAAAUACCAAAGCCGCUUUAGAACAAAAAAAUCAAGCAUCAACAAUAUUUGUUUUGCUUUUCCAGCAAUUAAAUAAUGUUGCUGACAUCUGAGUCUAUGAAAGAUUAAAAAUACAAUGUUAACUUA